AAAACAUCAUGCUGCGGUUUGAAGGCCACAAUUACUUUCGGCAACGGUUGCUGCUGGCGACUCUCAGCAACCAGCCUGUUCGCAUUGACAAGAUCCGGUCGGAAGACGAGGACCACCCGGGAUUGGCUGACUAUGAAGCAAGCUUUCUUCGCCUGCUGGAAAAGGCCACGAACGGCGCAACCAUCGAGAUUUCGUAUACGGGCACGACAGUAGUAUACCGUCCAGGUGUCAUUAUCGGCGGCAAGGUGCAUCAUGACUGUCCUCCGUCGCGGGCCAUUGGUUAUUUUUUGGAACCCAUGAUUGCACUUGGACCUUUUGGCAAAUAUCCCUUGCAGCUGACACUGACGGGUAUUACGAAUGAUAAUGUGGAUGUAUCUGUGGACUCUUUGAGAACGGUUCUUUUGCCGCAUCUGAGACGGUUUGGUGUGGAGGAAGAUUUGGAGCUAAAGAUUAGCAAACGAGGAGCACCGCCAAAAGGGGGCGGCGAGGUCUUUUUCCGCUCUCCAAUCGUGCGCCAACUCAAACCCGUACAAUUUAUUGAGGAGGGCCAAAUCAAACGCAUUCGAGGCAUUGCGUACGCAACUCGAAUUUCACCACAAAUGGCAAACCGAACUGUUGAGGCCUCUCGUAGCAUGCUGACACAGUUCAUCCCGGACGUUUAUAUUUACACCGAUGUCUACAAGGGACCGGAGAGCGGUUUAUCACCUGGAUAUGCGCUGACACUGGUCGCGGAAUCAACGACUGGAGCAUUGCUUUCUGCAGAAUGUGCCUUUCAACCACGGCGACCGACAACCGGUGUGGAUAAUGGCGACGAAGCGAGUACACGAGGCGUGGAGGCCAUGCUUGUAAAUGACUACCACUUUGCGACCCCAGAAGAUCUCGGCGUGCAUACAACUCGAGUUCUCCUGGAAGAAAUCAAAAAGGGCGGAUGCUUUGACACUGUGAGUCAGUGGCUGGGCGUAUUGUUCUUGGCGCUUGGGCCAGAAGAUGUUGGUAAAAUCCGCAUCGCAAAGCUUUCUCCUUUCACAAUACAAUACCUGCGCGAUAUCAAGACUUUCCUUGGUCUUACCUUUAAAAUUACGCCUGACCACAGCAACCAGACAGUAAUAUUGACCUGUCUUGGGGUUGGGUACACCAACGUCAACAAGAGGGUCGCAUAAGUUUCUUAAGGGCGAUAGACUCGUUUGUAUAGUUUUUAAUAGCUGCACCUUUCCAGUAGAUUGUAUAUAGAUAACGCGUAUAUGCUUAGAUCCGACAACCCAGUGUCAUACUGCUGUGACAUGCGCAAUUGAAGGAAACAAUAGCUUUUUGUACACACGAAGGUGACAACAGUACGGCAAGGAUGACUAAUGGCA